AAAAACGCACAUUCACCCGGAAGAGGAGGACCGAGGGAAACUACGGUCGAGGAAUUGUUGUGGACAGUCCACACAAAUAAUCAGAAUUUCAUUCGCGAGGUAGAUUUUCCAGCAAGUUACCUUACAGGUAUAAGCAAAUAUAUCUUCGAAGGAGGCUUCAGCGUCGUCGGGCUCAGCUUGGAGAUGUCGGUCGUGCCUCCCAGUCGUUCAGCAGCGGGGUGGCCGCGCGGCGGUGCCGUUCAGUUCGGGAACAAAUACAUCACCGGGCCCGCUAAACCUCUGACACUGGAGAGGACCAUCAACCUGUGAGUUCAAUUACCUGAGUAAUAAUCAUAACACAUCAAUGCAUUAUAGCUCCAGAAACCACCAGUAAAUGCAGACUAAAGGCUGAAUACAUCUCCGCUCUCUUUGAGUUUAAAGCUUAUUGACCAUUGAUAAGUAUUUGUGAUCAUUAAUUAUCAGUGUGUUUCUCUGAUAGAUCAUUUUUCAUUAUCGGAUUGAUUUUUCCUUAUUAAAACAUGCUGCAGUCCUGUUAUUGUGUUUUUGUAAUCAUGGGAAUUUUAUUGAGAAUAAUAGUUGUAUUGAGCAACUCUAUUGAUAACAGGGUGAUUGCAUCGAUAACAUUAACUUCUGUAUAGAAACAAGUUGGGCUGUCUGGCCAACGUAGUAGGUCAGUGGAUCUCAACAGGUCUCACUAAAAACUCUAAUCUUUGACAUAAAUCCACUUUGUUUUUAUUGAGUACGGUGCGUUUCAGAGCACAUGAAGGUGAAAACAUGAGGACGACGACUACUGAAGUUGUUUAUACAGAAAAUUUCAAAUAUCUCAUAAAUAUCACAUCGAAUAUUUCCUUUUUGGACCAGCUGUUUGUGACCCAUCCAGAAUGUGUCCGCGACCCACCAGUUGAGAACCACUGUAGUAGAUCACACAAAAUUAAAAUAUGAUAGUUAAAAGGUCUCCACAGAAUUUUUUUUUCCUUCCACUAAAAUUGCAUAGGGUAGAUUUAAUAAAGGUAUUUCCACCAAACUGCUCUACUAACAGUAUUGAAUUGAAUUUCCAUUUUAUAGCUGAGCAUAAUCUCUGGUCUUGCUCAGUUUCUUUUCGUGUGUCUGUUCUGAUCUCAGAUACCCUCUAACCAACUACACGUUUGGCACUAAGGAGCCUCUCUAUGAGAAGGACAGCUCGGUGGCUGCUCGCUUCCAGCGGAUGCGUGAAGAGUUUGAUAAAAUGGGGAUGCGGAGGACGGUGGAGGGUGUUCUCAUUGUCCAUGAACACAGGCUGCCUCAUGUUCUACUUUUGCAGCUGGGCACAACUUUCUUUAAACUGUAAGUAGUUAACCUUUAUUAGUUCUUUCUUGAACCAGCACAAGUGUUUUUCCCUGAGCAAUGUUUUGCUCCUCUCCUACAGGCCUGGGGGAGAAUUGAAUCCUGGAGAAGAUGAAGUGGAGGGUUUAAAACGUCUGAUGACUGAGGUACCCUCAUCACAACACAGUUUACUACUGCUGAUAAUGUGCUCUUGUUGAGUAUGAUUUUGUUACUGUAAGGAUGCCUAGCCCAGGUUCCCACUUUAAAGAAUGGAGAGUCCACAUGAAUUAUCAUUUUGACAAGCUUGACUGGUUGCAGAUCUGGGUUACAGCUUCUGUAUGCCACAAGUGUAACAAAGACUGGCCUGAGACUUUUCAGGUUCAUAUAGCCAACCAUGUUUCUAAACAUUCUGCUUAAAUGUUGGCCUGAAGGAGAGCCCAUGUAGGGUUAUAACAAAGUAGAACAUAUUUUGGGAGCCUGAGUGAUUUUAUACAUGUGCACAAGGUCCUUGUCAAGGAUGGUUUUUGGAGGCCCAAGACUCCAGGAAUCUAUCACCAAAGUAUAGCACCUUUGAAUUUCCCCCUGUGGGACUAUUAAAAGCACAUCUUAUCUUAAGUAUCCAUGGUAUUUGGGUAACACAGCUCCACCACCCUAGAAGCUGACAUGAUUGGCUGAAGAAAAUCAUCCUAACAGUUACUGUUGUUUCAAUAUUAGAUCCUUGGGCGGCAGGAUGGUGUGAAGCAGGACUGGGUGAUCGAUGACUGUAUUGGCAACUGGUGGCGCCCCAACUUUGAGCCCCCACAGGUAAGUCGAUUACUUGUGGCAGUUUAAAAAAACAUUGUAUUGCAUGAGCAGCUUUUGGUCAACUACUGUUCCAGUCUCUUGGGUUAGUGUUAUACAGUAUAGAUACACUCCUGAGUAAAAGAGCAGUUCUUUCUUCAUACUGAAGUGAUUUUCUCUAUUGCGCUGAUUCAUAUAAUACUUGGUUGUGGUCACAUUUUCUUACACUCUCAUUUCUUAUUUAGAAAUGUUAAUUUUUAACUUUGAAAAUAUUGUUAAUAAACGUAACAUUUAAAAGGAGAAUUCCAUCUCGCUAUGAAGUAGCUCCUUACAGAGAAAAGUGUGCUGUAAACUCAACAUUAAUUGCCGAAAGUUUAAUUUUUUGUUUCAUGAAGCCAGAGUGAAACAUGGGAAUCUCUGUGCUUGUUCACUUCUGUACAUACAGCUGCAACUGUAUCCGUGCAUUACAAUGUGAACUGAUCUGAUGUUGUUUGUCCUGCAGUACCCCUAUAUUCCAGCGCACAUUACUAAACCUAAGGAGCAUAAGAAACUAUUCCUGGUUCAGUUGCAGGAGAAAGGUCAGUGUGUCCUGAAGUAACGUUUAAAAUGAGUAAGGGGGAAAGCAACAAUAUUUUGAAAAAGGAGAGAGGUGGUAUCAUUCACUCUUGUCAUUUUAUGUUUCCAUAGCGCUGUUUGCUGUCCCCAAAAACUACAAACUGGUGGCAGCACCAUUGUUCGAACUCUACGACAACGCGCCUGGAUACGGACCAAUUAUUUCUAGUCUACCACAGCUGUUGAGCAGGUAUCUUUCAUGUCUUAAUUGUGUGUGACUUUGUUACAUAAUGCACAAUCUUUAAAGCCUGUUUAAUUUGAUCCAACCAAUAUUUUUUUUUUUUUGUAUCAACCCAGUAAAUUUCAUUAUUUGAUAAUCAGUUCUUCUUACCAAUUAUGGACCUAACGGGGCACAGAAAUGACCAAAAAUUAAAGCUGAAAUAGCAUGAUGAUAAAAAAAGGGUUACCUUAAAACAUAAUACAAGCUUGAAAAGUGAAAGUUGAAAAAAAUUGUCAAAGCCACAAAAAGUAAAAAAAAAGUCUCUAAAUUUUAACUUAUGGUGGUCAUUCUUUUACAGGUUUAACUUCAUCUACAACUGAGUAAAAAGAAGAGCGUCCAGCUGUCUCUGUGAGUGCAGCUCUCUGAGUGAAGAUGAAUGACAACGUGGUGAAAAAAAAUCUCAUCUUUAGCUCACUGAUGAAAAGAGAUAAUUGUCAUGUUUCACAGGGGGCGUUUAUACUCUUCAGAAGAAAAUGAAAAUGUCAGGUGUUUUUUUUUUUUCUUUCCUUUUUUAUCUUGAGAAACUGUUAAGUUGUUUUGUAGUAUGAACAUCAGUAUCCAGUGUGCGAAGAAUGUGAUUUUAUUUCCUUGCGGUUGAGGUCAAUGUUUGAUUAAACAAAGUGCAUAGUUGACUUUCGUGUUAUUUUAACUUGUAACAAUGCUGUGUUUUUGUUUCUUUUCAAUAAAACAGCCCUUUUGACUAUGUUUUUAUAAAGUGCACAGAGCGAAA